AUAACAAAUGGAAUUUACUAGAGAAGUAGGAGAACUCCAGGGUAACUAGGACACGGAAAGGGAAGAAAGCGUGAUAUCCGCAGAACCGAUUGCGAUGAUUGUACCGCCGGAACUGCAAGACUUGCCGAAAGAGAGUAGUGCCAGUCCAAGCGUGCACGAGGGGUCUGGUGCGAACCCUUCUCCGUCGUCUGAAGGGUUGUCAUCAGAAAAUACCCCCAGCAUCGGAGAAAAUGUAGAGGAGGCCGGAUUUAGGUUUAGGGCAAACCUACACCACGAGGUAACGGAUUGUGCCACCUCCAUUAAAGGGUAUAAAAGACUAGAGGAAGUGGUGAGGCAAUACCAUGUUCCGAGGACAGUUUUAGUACGGACUGGCACAAAAAAUGAACGAGCUUGUAGCGUAGUACGAGUUGGCGCUGACAUAGCUGACCCUCAACAACAUAAAAUUUAUAAUAGGAUUUAUGCUAUUGUGCGUGAGGUUGGAGAUACCUGCGAAGGCCAUCGUGUUCAAAUCGCUCUUCCUGUGCCGGCUAAGUACCACACAGACGAGGUGAGGGUUAGCAACGACCUGGGAGCUUGCCUCUCUAAGUGGCACUCAGGGCAUGCGUACAUGAACUAUCCCACACUAACCCCAGGUGACCUGAAGCUUAAGGACAGGAUAACUAACUAUGUGAAGGGAGUGGGGUUAGUUGAUUUGGAAGCCCUGGUUACCCCUGAGCUGCUCACUUUGCGUGGGUUUGUGGAUGUCACAAACCUGUUUAGUGAAGAAGAGAUGAGUAGCAUGCUCAAGAGGCAACGCGAACAAGCUCAGUGCUCGCGAGGCAGAGGGACUGGGUCUAGCACGCGGAGGCAGACACGCUAUAAUGAGCUGCCCCCUACAGCACCUCGCAGCCCGUUACAGAGGGAACAAGGCUCUAGCUUGGCCUCACGGCCACAGGCCGAGCGUAGAGUAGAAACCGUCCCUAUUGAGACCCAAAGGCACGCUCGUGAAGACUCAGAUGCUGAAGAUGAUGUACCACUGAUUCAGCGCAGAUUGAACACUGGGAGUCAAUCCGGAGCGGUGCGUUCACCUGACGCACCCACAACGGCACUACUGAGGCGCUACCCCCACCAGCAGAUAGCGAGGGCCCCAGAAUCGCAUACCAUGAGGGCUUUAGCUACACUAAGGCCGACUGUCAACUCGCGAUGGUCCAGGCUAGCUGAUAGCUGCAAGCAGUUGACCUCAGACAAAGCGAGCUUGGAGGACGAGGUGAAUUGUUUGCAAAGCUCAGAGAUGGCCAACAGAGCUGCAUCAGCCGAAAGCUGGGCUGACGAGCUGGCCAACAAGGCGGCCAUGGAUGAGGUUGUUCGCGCGGUAGAUAGCACGAAAAAAGCGGAAGCUGAAAGAGACAGCGCCUUGAACGACCUCAACACCCUAAGAAGGCGGGUGGCCGUGGCCGACCAGGACCUUGCUCGCGUAGAGGAGGGGUUGAGGAAGGCCAAAACUCAACACCAACACUGUAUAAGCAUCGCGCGAGCUCAAGGCGCGAAGUGGCUGGUGGGUGCUGACAUGUUCCAAGAUGCCGUGGUUGCGGCUUCCAUGAACACCACGACUGAGAUUUAUAAUGACGUUCGUGGUAAAGUGUUGAAGCACCAACCAGACUUCCCGAUUAACGAGCUGGCAUUUUUUGAAGGUGAAGAGUUAGAUGAGGAGGGGAAGAGCCUUGCUGCCCCCGCUAACACGACGGAGCGGCUCCGUUGGGAGCUAAACGAAUAAGGAGUGCCCAUAUGGCCUCCGUCAGUUUUAGAGGAAGGAGAGGAGAUUGAGAACCUACCUAGGUUCAACUCCUAGGUGGGUGACGCUCUUGCGGAAGAAGCUGAACCUUCAAGCACUCCUCCCGCGCCUCAGCCCACCUCUGCUACUGCCGCCCCCUCUCCGGCUCGUGCUGACACAUCCAUUCCCGUCGAUUUAACAUAUGAUUAGGAUUAGAUUUUUCCUCUGCUUUUGUAGUUUUAGUAUAUCCUUGUUUAAGACACAUUUUGUACUUAUGUUGACACCUCAUGUAAUUGACUUACAAGGAAUACAAUCCAAAUGAUUUU